AUGGCCGCGGCCCGGGUCCGCCUGCUCGUGUCCGGGCGCCCGGAGCCCGCGAGCUUCGCGCGCAGCGUGUGCGCUCGCCUGCGCGGCGGGCAGGGCCGGGGCCCCGGGCCGUGGCCCACACACUGCAGCUGGGAGCGAGGGCGGCUCGUGCUCUCCGACAGGCCGUUCCCCGGCGCCUCGGCCAGGCUUCCGCUGCAGAGGCCCCCUUUCUGCCCCUUCGCGGCCCUGGACCAGCAGCCGCCCGGGGCCGAGCUCCUCCUCCCCACGGAUAGAGGCGUGGAGCUGGGCGUGGCCAUCAUCUUGCAGUCCAGCGACCAGACUGUCCUGUUGACCCGAAGGACAAGCACCCUCCAGGUUUCUCCCAACAUCUGGGUGCCUCCAGGUGGACACGUGGCCCUGGAGGAGGAGCUGCUGGAUGGAGGGCUCCGAGAGCUGCGGGAAGAGUGUGGACUCCAGCUGCCCCCAGGCCGGUUCUCGUGGAUUCCUCUAGGGUUAUGGGAGGCUGCCUACCCUCCUAGGCUGAGCUGGGGUCUUCCCAAACACCAUCACAUCGUUCUCUACCUACUGGUCGUCUCUCAGGAGUCGCAGCAGCAGCUGCAGGCUCGGAUCCAAGCAAACCCGCAAGAGGUGAGCGCCCUGCUGUGGCUGGGAGCAGACGUGGCAGCGGCUGUGGCUGCCUCAGAGGCAGAGGACGGAUCGCAAACCCCCGCCCCUCCCGCUCGGGAUCUACCGCCUUCUGUCCCUGCGAUACAAGUGGAGGACGAUGGAAGAGGCCGACCCCUGGUCCUGCCCACAUCCACGCUGCUGCAGACCACCCCGACCACGGCGGAGGACAGAGAGAGGGUCAGCACGGGAACCAAGUUUGCCCUGGGGCUCUGGCUUCAAGGCGCCGGCAGGUACAGUGAGGAACCACUGGAGGGCAGCGCCGCGCCGGUGUGCAGCGGACUGUUUCUGGGCACCAGAGGACAGGAAGAAAUGCUCAGUGUGACAUCUGCCUCCACCCUAGGUGAAUGUGACCGUCACACGGACCCUGGACCCGGAAGGACGGAUAGAACACAGACCUUCUCCCCCAUAAAGUGCAUAAUCCCUCUUAGCCCACCUCCAUGACACUGGCAGAACAUUCACAAUCUUUUAUUGUGGGUGAAGACUUUGUUACAACUUUGGGAAUAAAAAGUGAAAUCACAACAUAAA